GUUUCAUAAGAACGGACUCCAUCAAUACCUUAAUUUUAAGGUAAUUUUUGAAAUGUUUGAAGCAAUGGAAACAUGUGUAAUGACUGAUUUCGAAAAUGUUUGUCGUAUUUGUAUGAAAUUCGACGAAACAUUUCUAUCUAUCACUACAUUUAAAAUAAUUGAUAUGAUAAUAGCAUGUGCUUCUGUACAGAUCUGGGAAAAUGAUGAUUUACCAAAACAAAUAUGCCACGCUUGUUUUCUACAAUUACAAAAUACCAUUAAUUUCAAACAAUUAUGUGAAAACUCAGACAAUGCAUUUCGACAAAUUAUUGAGCAGAAUAAAAUUAAUAACGAAAAUGAUUUUGCCAACGUAAAAGAUGAAGAAUUUGAAGAUUAUGAUCAUGAUUAUUCUCUAAUAGAUAUUAAAGAAGAAGAAAUCGAUCGCAUUGAAGAGGAAUCCAAAAAAUCAGAACAAGACAAUAUGUUAGAAAUAAAAAAUAUAGAAAAACUGGAAUCGAAUAAAAUGCAAAUAGGAACUACUUCCGAAGAGGAAAGUGAUACAUGCGAAGAUAUCAAUGGCGAUGACAAUGUCACAAAAACGUUUAUUUGUGAGAAGUGUAAUAAAGAAUUUAAAAGAUUAUGGGUAUUGGGUGUACAUAUGCAUCGUAUACACAAAGUCAAAGCGUUAAAGUGUAAUCAAUGUAAAUUAAAAUUUUACCAUCCAUUACAUUUAAAAGAGCAUCAGGAAUUAACUCACAAUAAAUUGAAUCAUACUUGUAAUAAAUGUGGAAUAGUUUGUCUAAAUAUUUAUAGAUUAAAAUAUCAUAAAUGCGAAGAUAUCAAAGGCGAUGACAAUGUCACAAAAACGUUUAUUUGUGAGAAGUGUAAUAAAGAAUUUAAAAGAUUAUGGGUAUUGGGUGUACAUAUGCAUCGUAUACACAAAGCCAAUGCGUUAAAGUGUAAUCAAUGUAACUUAAAAUUUUACCAUCCAUUACAUUUAAAAGAGCAUCAGGAAUUAACUCACAAUAAAUUGAAUCAUACUUGUAAUAAAUGUGGAAUAGUUUGUUUAAAUAUUUAUAAAUUACUAUCGUUAUCCAAUCAUAUUAAAUAUGUACAUGAGAAUCAACAACCAGCACGUAAUCAUUUAUGUAAUAUUUGUGGAUAUGCAACCAGAUCACCUAGUGAAUUACGUAAGCAUUUAAUGGUACAUUCAAGUGAGAAGACUUGUGUGUGUGAUCGUUGUGAUAAGGCUUAUCGGCGUGAAGAUUAUUUAAAAGGGCAUAUCGCAAAGGCACAUUUAAAUAUACGGUAG